AUGCCCAUACCGGAUGACGCCACAGAUAUCAAGGCGGCAAGAAGCGCAGUGAUUGAAGCCUCCACAGAGCUCAAGGCAUUGCUAACUGGGCCGAAAGAACUUCUCACAUUUCAAUGGACUGACUUUGUCAGUGUUAAAGCGGUUCUUCGCUUCAAUCUUGACAAGUCUUUCCCGCUCAAGGAGUCAACGUCAUUUGAAGCGAUGUCCAGGUUCUCCGGGCUCAGUGCGAGAAAUGUGCGGCGCGUCGUUCGGCACGCCAUCAUUAAUCAUUACUUCUUUCAAGAGAAUACACCCGGUAUCAUUACGCAUUCGGCUUUGACAGCCAUUCUAGCGAGUGACGAGGUGAUGCGGAACUCGCUCCGUGUAGAGCUGGAUGAAUUUUGGCCGGCUGGAGUUAUGAUGGCCGAUGCCAUGGAGAGAUGGCCGAACUCAGAAGAGAGCAACGAAACGGUACGUUUCUUUGAUCUAGACGCUCGUGUGGAACGGAGGCUUAUUUCUCAGGGGUUUGCGCUUGCCAAUAACUCCAACAAGGGCAUGUUCGAUAUCUUUGUGGACAAUCCAGAGCGAGCCGCCAGAUUUGGCCUGUACUUCUCUAAGCCCGACCAGACAGCCGACGGCCUUCUGGAUGACUAUCCAUGGGCAGGACUGAAUACUAUGGUAGAUGUCGGAGGAUCACACGGUAGCGUUGCUAUUGGAAUCGCCGAGCGGUUCCCGAACAUGAAAUGCGUCGUGCAGGACCUCCCAGACACAGUGGCGGAAGGGGCAUCGCGUCUUCCCGCUGCACUUCAUGGCCAGGUCUCGUUUAUGGCACAUGACUUUUUCACGGAGCAGACGGUCAGCGCAGAUGUAUAUUACUUCAAGUCCAUCUUCCACAACUGGGCUGACAAGUACUGCAUCAAAAUCCUGCAAAGCCUUGUCCCAGCGCUGCGUCCGGGUGCUAAAAUCGUCAUCCACGAGCGAAUACUCCCGGGCCUCGAAAGUCUGAAUACCGUCGACGCGCGAAGAGCCAUGUAA